AUAGACGGCGAAGAAGAACGGAAACGAUUGGAGGCGAAGCCGUUUAUGAAUUCUGAGAAAUGGCCGGCGAAGGGGGAGAUGAAGGAACGUCGUUGGAGUUCACUCCGACAUGGAUCAUCGCCGGCGUCUGUACCGUCAUUGUCGGCAUCUCACUUGUCGUUGAACGCCUUCUUCACUUCAUUGGCAAGUAUUUGAAGAAGAACCGCAAGAAGCCCCUCUUCGAAGCCCUACAGAAAAUCAAAGAAGAGUUGAUGCUGAUGGGGUUCAUGUCGCUGCUUUUAACAGUGUUUCAAGACGUUAUUGUCAAAAUAUGCGUGAAAGAGGGAGUGAUGCAUCACUUACUUCCUUGUAAGUACCCCUCGAAUACUUCCCACCAAGGAAAGUUGUCUUCUGAUGCAACCGACACAACUGGAGAUCAUGAUCAUUACUUUGGCAACCAUGAAGUCGACAUCCACGAGGCAUCUCCUGGGAUUGGUUACUGCGCCGAGAAGGGCAAGGUCCCAUUGUUGUCUCUUGAGGCAUUACAUCAUCUACAUAUCUUUAUCUUUGUGCUGGCUGUUGUUCACGUGACAUUUUCUGUUCUCACUGUUGUAUUUGGAAUGGCAAAGAUGCGUUCAUGGAAACACUGGGAGGACUCCAUUGAGAAUGAUAAUUAUGACACACAGGAAGCAGCUCUUCAACCAAAGUUCACGCAUGUCCAUCAGCAUGACUUCAUCAGGGAGCGCUUUCAGGGUAUUAGUACUCAUUCAGUUUUUUUGGGCUGGUUGCAUUCCUUCUUCAAGCAAUUUCAUGCAUCUUUAACCAGAUCGGACUACAUGGCAUUGAGACUUGGUUUCAUUAUGACACAUUGCCGGGGAAACCCAAAAUUUAAUUUUCACAAGUAUAUGAUCCGUGCCCUGGAAGAUGAUUUCAAGAAAGUCGUUGGUGUAAGUUGGUAUCUCUGGGUAUUUGUUGUUAUCUUCUUGAUGCUUAACAUCAAUGGGUGGAAUACAUAUUUUUGGAUAUCUUUCAUACCAUUCAUUCUUCUACUUGCUCUGGGCACUAAGCUGGAGCAUGUGAUCACCCAGUUGGCUCACGAGGUUGCAGAGAAACAUGUAGCAAUAGAAGGAGAAUUAAUAGUUCAACCUUCAGACGAUCACUUUUGGUUCCACCGACCACAGGUUGUCCUCUUCUUGAUACAUGUUAUACUGUUCCAGAAUGCUUUUGACAUUGCAUACUUCUUCUGGAUAUGGGUUCAAUAUGGUUUGUACUCCUGCAUCAUGGGACAAGUCCACUAUACUGCUCCAAGGCUCAUUAUAGGGGUGGCCGUUCAGCUACUCUGCAGUUGCAGCACCCUUCCACUCUAUGCCAUUGUGACACAGAUGGGAAGUUCUUUCAAAAAGGCAGCGUUUGACGAGCACGUGCAAGCCGGUCUUCUUGCUUGGGCGGACAAAGUGAAGAGGAGGUCUCGGUUGAAGGCAGCUAAUGGCUCCGGGCAUGGCAGUUUACCUGAUAGAUCUUCUUCAAGCGGAAUUCAACUGGCUGAAACUUCCCACUAAAAGUACUUAACUAGCUAGGAUGAGCUUACAGACAUGAAGACGUGACAAUAGCAUCUGGCUUUUCUCGUACGUGUAAGUCUGCUUCCUGUACAGACGCUGUGCCCAUGACUAACUAACUAUAUCAUUCAUUAUAGCUGUAGGAAUGGUUCUGCUAUUGUCCAUGGCUACUGCCAAUGAAUUAAUCUAGUGUUCUUUGCAGUUGUGAGCCACCCAAUUUGCUCUUCUCAAAGAAAUGGGAAGCCU